AUGCAAUGCGUUGAAGAGGACUCCCAAAUGGUGAAGUGUGAAAUUCAGGGAACUCUUCAGGAUUCGAAGAUGUACUUCUUGAAGAAUGUUCACACCGUAACAGAUAUGAAGUUACCUAAACAGUCUGUUGAUGUGGAGAAUCUCACCAAGAACUGGAAGUAUCUAUCUGAAGGACAGCCUGAGUCCAUGAAUAAUGUUGAGAGAGUUAUGGGCCAACUUAACAACAAGGACUUUCAUGAUGCUCGAGUAAUGACGACUAUAGAACGCCAAGACGAACUAUAUGAGAUGGUUAAACAAUCAUUCUCAUUGGAAUCUUUUGGGACUGAUCUUCCUGGACAAGGAUAUUCAAGGGACGACAAGAAGGCACUGGAAAUUAUGAAAUCGACAACACAGAGGACUAGUGAUGGAAGAUUUGAGACUGGAUUGCUAUGGAAAGAAAAACAGCCCCCAAAAGUGCCUGACUCCAAGAACAUGGCUCUGAAACGUUUGACGUUUGUGGAGCGAAAGAUGGACAAAGACCCACAAUUAGCAGCAGCUUAUUGUACCAAAAUGGAUGAUCAUAUCCAGAAAAAAUAUCUUGUAAAGAUAACGGAUGAGGAAAAGUUGUUGCCAGUUGAGAAUGUGUGGUAUUUACCCCACUUUUCUGUUUUUCAUCCAGCUAAGGGAAAAAUCAGAGUUGUGUUCGACUGUGCAGCAAAAUCUCAUGAUGUUUCUCUAAAUGAUCUCCUCUUAAAAGGACCUGAUUUAUUGAGAUCAUUGCCAGCAGUUCUGGAGAAUUUCCGAAGAGGAAAAUUCGCCUUCAUGGGGGAUAUCAGAGAGAUGUUCCAUAGAGUGUACAUUAGAAAAGAAGACGUCAAUUAUCAAAGGAUUCUCUGGCGCGGAAUGACAAGAGAUAAGCCCCCAGAUGAAUAUAAGAUGCAAGUUAUGACCUUUGGAGCAUCUUGUUCUCCAGCUUUAGCAGCUUAUGUUAAAGAUGUGAAUGCCAAGGAGUUUCAAGAAGAGUUUCCUGAUGCUGUGAAGGGAAUUCUAGACUACACGUAUUGUGACGAUUACCUAGGCACUGCUGAUUCCAUAGAAGAAGCACAACAACGCAUUGAAGACAUCAUAUAUGUGCAGCAUCAAGCAGGUUUUGAUGUAGUCAACUGGACAGCAAAUGAUGAAAGAAUCUUGGAUACUCUUCAGGACAACAUGAAAAGUCUAAACAACAAAGACGAACCAGAGAGAGUGCUUGGAUUGUGGUGGGAUUCUAAAGAUGAUGUUUUCACCUUCAAGACCAAUUUCCAUCACAUCCCGAAGGACAUGUUCUCCUCCCAGAAAGUUCCAACAAUAAGGGAAGUUCUAAGGAUGAUCAUGCAGGAACUUUGGCGCCAUAAGAUCAUCUGGGAUGAAGAGAUUCCUGAAGACGUCCUGACUAACUGGAGGGAGUUCAUUCAUGAACUUCAGACGAUCGACAGAGUAAAGAUUCCUCGGUGUUAUUCAGUCAAUUUACCUCACGCUUUGAAAAUUCAACUACAUGUAUUUGGGGAUGCCAGCAGCCUUGCCUAUGCAGCAGUGGCAUACUUGAGGAUAGAAUCAGUGAAUGGAAUUGAUGUCAGUUUUGUGUGUGCAAGAAGCAUGGUUGCUCCAAUCAAAGGCUCGACUAUACCCAGACUGGAAUUACAAGCAGCUAGACUGAGUACAAGAAUGGCUGUCGCAGUGAAAGAUUGUCUUCACAUCAAGAUCGAUGAAGUAAUUUACUGGAGUGAUUCCCAAACAGUGUUAAAAUGGAUCAGAAGUGAUUCCAGAAGAUAUAAAACCUUUGUGGCCAACAGAAUCAACGAGAUUGACGAGAAGACUAACAUCAGGAAUUGGAAAUGGGUUCCUACCAAAGAGAAUCCAGCUGACAUGGCUACAAGAAAUGUGAAAUGUGACUUCAGUGAAAAUAGCAACUGGUUUGUGGGACCUAAUUUCCUUAAAUGUGAUGAGAAGGACUGGCCAAUCGAAAAUAUAAUCAAUGAUUGUGAGAAUGACGAAGAAGUUCAUAUGGUGAAUAUGAUAAUUGAUGUUCCUGAGGACGAUUUGCUGGUACCAAAGAUUGAGAGAUUUUCAAGAUGGAGACGACUGGUGCGAGCUACAGCUCAAGCAAGAAAUUGUACACGUUAUUGGAUAAAAAAAUGGCGUGCCAAGAAAGAAAAUCAAGAUAUUAGUUCAGAUGGACUCCCGCAAUUGGAA